AUGGCGGAAGCUGACGAUCCCCACGUUCUUGACCUCUCUAGCUGUGGACUCAAAAAGUUGGAGAAGAGGGAUGGGGUUGGAGUGCACAAACUCGUACUGGACCACAAUGAGCUUACAAAGUUGGAGAAUGUCGACUGCUUCAUCGACGUUCAGAAGCUGUCCGCGACCAACAACCAAAUUACAAGGAUGUAUUCCGUAGGACGGUUAUCACAGCUUGCUAGUUUGGAUCUCUCCAAUAACCUCAUUGUUGGUAUUGAAGGGUUAAAAGACUUGAAGCAUCUUGUCUGGACCAGUUUGUCAAACAACAAGAUCAAGAGCUUGCAGAACAUUCAGUACUCGACCACGCUCGUUUAUCUCGACCUUUCAAACAAUUCCAUUCCGUCGUUGAUCGACUUGACCUCGUUGACGAGGUUGAAGACCCUUCUGCUGAAGAAAAACGAAAUCACGACACUGCAGAAAGCACAGGCUUAUCUUCCCAGCGGGCUCUGCGUCUUCUCCGUUGCAGAAAACAAGAUCACCGACCUGACUGAGGUGUCAUUCCUCUCUCACCUUUCAUCGUUGGAGAGCUUUUCCAUCAGCGGAAACCCGUGCGUCACCUUGACCGGUGGCAUUGUUGGUUUUGACUACCGUCCGUACGUGAUCAACUGGUGCUUGGGGCUGCGAGUCCUCGACGACUUCGUGGUCACCCAGCGGGAGAGCUUGAAAGCAGAGUGGCUGUACAGCCAAGGAAAGGGACGUUGCUUCCACCUGGGAGACCACCUUGCUCUGGUGGAAUACCUGUCCCAGGUCUGUCCCAUGACCACGGCUGACCAGCUGGAGUCUGAAGACGAAGAGCGCAUCUCCCGCGUGUUGAGGAUGCAGCGUCAACAUCGAGAGCAACUGUUACACGAGAUGUCGCCCGGAGCUACAGCGCAUCAACAGGCAGACAACAACAACAGCAUCCAAGGAAACAGGCAUCCAAAGCACACACCAUCCGGAAAUCGAAGACCUACUACUACGAUACCAAGAAGCGCUGUUGGACGAUUGCCAUCAGGAAGACACGGUGGCAAGGACAAGUGGGGAGAACUUUCAGCGAGUGAAGACGAGAAGAUGAUCGGCACGGGCAUUGACCCUUUUCCCGAUCUCCUGGCCCAUUCCGAUAACAGCCCUGUUCGCCUCUCUUCAAGAAAGUCGGACGUUGCAAGUUCUGACCUUACGAGGUCCCUGGUCGAAGCCCGUAGUCCACUCACGAUAGAACGGCUCAACGAUGCGGCGUCAACGGGCAAUGAACGUGGCAGUAGCAAGCACAGACGUUCACGGAGAGACGACAUCAUGACACGGUCGGUGCCCGAGUUUCGUUCCGAUGGCUCACCUGUUCUCCAUGGCUAUGGGAGGUCUUCUCCACGUGCCAUUCCCAUACGGAAAGUGGCAUCCAAGAGAAGAGAAGCUGCUGCAGCCGCAGCAGUUGUCGCUCCCACAGUCGAUCAAGUUGUGGCUGCUUCUAAGGUCCUGGAGAAUGGGUUGGCUGUCUCCAACGGCACUAGCAGGCUCCAGAAUCACCACAGGAGCCCCUCGGAUGGUGGACUCUACCGGAGCUCAAGCUUUCGGAACAUGGGCGUCCGCCCAGCCUACAUUUCUUCGCCCCCUGUCACGUCUUCUCCGAGGAAAACGCAGCGCUCCUCUUCCAUGACUUCUGCAUGCCCUCCAUACUCUCCAAGAAGUGUUCCCCAUCGCAACAUGGUUGCCAAGCCCAGUGGCACACCUUCCUUCCACCAGCAGACGACGCCUCCUCCGUCCGUGACACAUUGGAGCAACCUGAACAAUGUCAAUAACAAUGAGGAAAGUGAAGAUGCAGAAGUAGAUCGUCUGCUGUGCAAGCGUAGUCAACAGGUUGGUCUGGAACUUCUGGAGCGGGCAGCGGUCAAGAUACAGGCCCUUUGGAGAGGGUACAGCGUCAGGAGUAGGUCCGAAAAAGUGGUUAAAGUGUGCCAAGAAGCUCGACUAAGACGGCUUGAAGAGUGUGUGCUUAGCUUACAGGAAAGGGUGACCACGCUCAAUGACACUGUAGUGAAGCAACAGAAAGAACUGGACGAAGAAAGGAGAAACAGGACAUGUAACAAAGAUGCUCUCAACAAGCUCCUAAAAAAUAUGGACCAGCUGGAAAGCCAUAUCACGAGGGUCCUGCAACAGCAGAUGCUCAUUCAGCAGCAACUUGCUGAGAGGGCACAAAAAGUACAACCACCCAUAGAGUCUCUUCCGGAAGGCAGCAGUCCACGAUCUUCGACGUCCUCAGACACGACGAGCACUGUUGGGGCCACGUCCACAUCGUCUGGCGUGGCGUCCGAAAGCCCUGCAGCAGCACCCAGAAUGAACGACGAAGUGUCUCACGACACGGAACAGUCGACAAACACGCACGCCGCUAGCGUACGCGGAGCCACGGGGGGAGACCUGUCUGCAGACGACACGUCUUGCACCAGCCUGUCUGACGGCGACACCAAGUCCCUGGCCACAGAGACGCUGGACCAGAGUUGCGGGGACAACGCAGAGUCCAUUUGCCUUUCGGCGCUCAACGACAGGCUUGCAAGGUUGGAAGCCGUCGUAAUGAAGCUGGCUUUGCCCAAACCAGAGUUUCUCCUCGGCAGCGCGUUUCAGCCACCACCGUAGCCGCAGCCUGCUUAUCCGUACUGCGUCCUUUUUUCUAUCCUUAUUUCGAAAGCUGUCCAAAGAUCUGCUGCAGAGAAGUUUUGCACACGCAAGAUUCCCUGUUGCUGGCAUGGGUUACACUAUGGCAUAUGUGUGUGAGCUUGUGCAGUGACUACCUCCACAUUUUCACAAGAGUUUGCAAUUUUUGUUACAUGUUGCAUGUGCAGAUUGCUUCUUCUGGGAUAUAUUUCACAGGAGGCGAUUGGCCCCCUGGAGUGCCAAUCAGACGUCAGAAUUGCUGGUCUUAGGGGCAGAACUGGAUCGUGUUCUCACUGGGGUACAUAGUACAGGCAGUCCCGAUUAAGUAACCUGCACUGCAGUAUGCCUGAAACCUAUGCCUGAAGGUAGAGCCUGAAGUUUUCGGGAAUUUUUUUUUUCUAAAUUCGGAGGGUAAAAAUUGGGUAAAUAAACAUGUGCACUAAAUUCAUGCGAAUUCGGGCGAAAAAACAUCCAGAAUGCUAAAUUCUGGGAGAAAUCGGGCUCAGUUACUCAAAGUAACUGUAGCGGUUUUGUACAAAUGGUGAUGUAACUGCAUUUGCUGCCAAACAAGUAAGUUAGUGCAUUCCCACAGACAUCUAAAGGGGCAACUUUCAAUUCGGGGAAGAAUCGGGUAAAACCCCAUAACUUCAGGUUCUGUGUAUAGGCAGUUGCUGGCAGUUCAAAGGCCAUUGGAGAUGGGUCUUCAAAAGUGUUUUCGAAGUACAGCAAAGUGUGUGAAACAGGGAGAUAAUCAUCUCAUCUGAAGAGAACUGCAUUUCCAAAUGAUGGGGCAAAGGGACACCUUGAGCACAUCAUCCAUCCGUAUUCAGAGUUCCCCCUUUCUGUGGAGCCUGCAGGUACUGCUUCAGCUGCCAGCAGGAGUUCUCACAGUGUCGCUACAUGUAUCUCAAAGGGGUGCUUCUGGGUACUGGGCAAAGGGUACUGUGUCUUACAGAGUGCAGAGCUUGCAUUGGUCAGCGUGCCACGAAUCUCCUCCUGGAGCUCUCGUAGACCGUGCGUGCGCUUCGAGAACGGUUCCCAUGACACAUUCACCCGAGCAGCACAGCAUCUUGACUCAAUGUUGGACCAAUACUGGCAAUAUUGGGCCGACAUUGCGAAUAUUGGGCCAAUAUUGAGCCAAGAUGUUGUGCUGCAUUGGGCAGCUCGUAAGGACCCCUUAGAGCACGACACUACUAAGGGAGGGCAUCGUGACGAAAACGCUGCCCUAAUGCUUACGCUUGUUGAGAUUGGUAAUGUCAGCACUAUCAAGUUGUAUCUCUCUCCCUGAAAUGGGGGACUUUUGCUUACAUUGUUGUUCUGGUACCUUCAUUGUCUGGGAAGGGGAGGGGUACUCUUUCUCUACAGCUCACAGCAUGGUGCAAUGAUAGCUUUAGCACUGCCAGCUGAAGGCGUGAAGAUGUGAGGCUUGCGUGUCUGCGGGAAAUGAAGGAAUCUGCUUUUCUGUUGUGUUUUAUACACACUGAGCAAAACAUAGCAGCUGCAUAUUUUGCACAUUACAUAAAAGCAAAGAAAUGGCUCAUGGACCAGAGUUCAGUUCUUCAGAGAGAGAGAGAGAGAGAGACAGAAAGGUCCAGUUUUGAUAAAGGUGUUUUUAGAAAAUGCUUAUUGUUUAUGUUCAGAAAGCUAGCAAUUAAAUAUGACGUCAUUUCAUGAACAAAGCUCGACAGAUUGUAAACUUUUACGGUAGUGCACAAAACUCAAAAGGUUUUCACCACUCAUACUCAUCGCAGUUUUAUUCUUCCUCAUAUUUAUUUCAGUUUGUUUGUUUGACAAGCAUGUGAAUUGUGGCGUAUUGUUUAAGUCUGUGAUAUGAAUAGAAUAUUUUAUUGUUUCUGCAAGCAUAUAAGUUUAUGUGAUGAUUCCAUAUGAUUUAUGAAAUGUUCUUAUGUGAGCUAGUACCAGAGAAUUUGUAAAGAUAGUGUAUGUGAAAUGUAAGUUUGUAAAAUGUAAAUUGUGCAUGAUAUGAACAAUGAUGGGCUGUGAAUAGGAGCUGUGACACAGCAUUGCUCAGAUUAAACGCAUUGUGAUGUCCCUUCACGUUUAUAUAGACUGGGAGUCACAAAAUCACGUUCAACCAGUUCAGAAUGAAGCCAGGGUUCGUACAGGUCCUGCAGUCCCUUAGUAGUCCCUGCAGUCCCUGCAGUCCCUCAGUAGUCCCUGCAGUCCCGUAGUAGUCUUUCAAACUUCAGCCCCAUUUUAUUGAUGGCGUGUACUGCUGCUGCUGUAAGAUUUCUUGUUCAUAAACAGCACUAAAACAGUGUUAAUUUUUCCUGUGAUCUAGCAAUAGAUAGGAAGUACAAGACUGACAGCACAUUUCCUAUUCUUGCAUAUUGAAUUAAUUCAAGUUGACACGUUACUUCCUCGGGCCACAUUCAAUUCCAACAGCCUAUUUUUUUUUAUAUAUGCAGCAGUCAGCAUGAACUACUCUGGUAUGUUCCCAUUACACCUGUUGUAAUAGCAUACCUACUACAGUAUGUAGCACAGUACAGUACAGUAUGUAGACUUUUCUGUGUUUUCAUUCAACUAUGGUUGGGGCUGCUUGCGAAAGGUCUCAAUUUUGGGGAAAUUUUGACUUUUUCAGAGAAGAACAUAAAAAAAAAAACUCAAAAUGUUUGCAGAAAUUGAGGGCUCUGGUAGGCACCUCCUAACUUUUGCCAAAUGAAAAAGUCGGAACCCUACUUAUAGCUAGUCUUUCUAUUCCGUUGCUUGGAAACUUGUAGCGGUACUCUUUGAAUUUCAAUUUCUAGACAGUCAAAUUAAUUGACAUAAUUGAAUUGCAUUUGUGUUUCUGUGUACGAACCCUGGCUAAACCCGAUUAUCGUUCGCUUGCUCACUCCCUCGAUGGUGCAUGGUGUGUCACAUGCUUUAACCAACCUAUGGGGGUCACAGGAUCUGUGAUGUCAUCACGAGGUCAUUUAGGAUCGUGGCACAACGUAAUACGUCCCCAAAACACACGUCACAGCCCGUUUAACAAAAGCAGCUCGAAACGGACUCCCUCCUAAGCAGAAAGCUAGAGUUUUAAAUGCAUUGCUUUCUGAACAGCACUGUCUUGCAUCUUUGGUGCUUUAGCGCUGGAAAGCUUUGUGCGUCCAUGGCGGUGAACAAAACUUAUCCGUAGCAAUGUAAAACGAGUCAUGUGUGGUCGUACUGUUUGUUUCUAGCGUAGAGUCAUUAUCGAGAUGUGUAAAUAUAGAUUCUCAUGUUG